CCGGGACUCGCUGCCCCGCGCGCCCUUCCGCUUCCGGUCUGCGCGAGCCAGCGAGGCCGAGUCCUGCUGCGUGAGGCGCCACCGUCGCCGCGAUGCCGACGGGGGACUACGACUCGAAGCCCAGCUGGGCCGACCAGGUGGAGGAGGAGGGAGAUGACGACAAAUGCAUCACCAGCGAGCUGCUGAAGGACCUCCCCCUGAAAGACCUUCCCCUGAGCGGGGGGCUGAAGGACACCCCCCUGAGCGGGGGGCUGAAGGACACCCCCCUGAGCGGGGACCUUAGCGCAGAUGUUGAGCUGCUGAAAGGAGGUCCCCUCCCAUCCCCAAAAGAGCUCAUCAACGGGAACAUCAAAACCAUCACCGAGUACCGGGAGGAGGAGGAUGGGCGCAAGGUGAAGAUCAUCCGCACCUUCCGAAUUGAGACCAGGAAGGCCUCCAAGGCUGUGGCACGGCGGAAGAAUUGGAAGAAAUUCGGCAACUCUGAGUUUGAUGCUCCGGGCCCCAAUGUGGCCACGACCACGGUGAGCGAUGACGUCUUCAUGACCUUCAUCACCAGCAAGGAGGACCUGAACUGCCAGGAGGAGGAGGACCCCAUGAACAAGCUGAAGGGGCAGAAGAUCGUGUCGUGCCGGAUCUGCAAGGGCGACCACUGGACGACGCGCUGCCCCUACAAGGACACGCUGGGCCCUAUGCAGAAGGAGCUGGCUGAGCAGCUGGGCCUGUCCACGGGCGAGAAGGAGAAGCUUCCAGGAGAACCGGAGCCGGUGCAGGCCCAGCAGAGCAAGACGGGGAAGUAUGUCCCGCCCAGCCUGCGUGACGGAGCCAGCCGCCGCGGGGAGUCCAUGCAGCCCAACCGCCGGGCCGAUGACAACGCCACCAUCCGGGUCACCAACCUGUCGGAGGACACGCGGGAGACCGACCUGCAGGAGCUGUUCCGCCCCUUCGGCUCCAUCUCCAGGAUCUACCUGGCCAAGGACAAGACCACGGGGCAGUCCAAGGGCUUCGCCUUCAUCAGCUUCCACCGGCGCGAGGAUGCCGCCCGCGCCAUCGCUGGUGUCUCCGGCUUUGGCUAUGACCACCUCAUCCUCAACGUGGAAUGGGCCAAACCCUCCACCAACUGAGGCCGACACCCUGCCUGCUGCUGCACCAGGAACGGCUGAUGCUGUUGGGAGACCUGGUUGUUAAUAAAGGUUCAUCCCAGC